GCCGCACCAGCUGUAACAUCAAAUCUAGUCGAAUUACUCGGGGUUUUCUUGGAAGUUGAAUGCAAAAGGUAGAGACAAAACUUUGGAACUCCAAAACGCAUUUCGUUUUGGCUGUCUCGAAUUUGAACGGGCACAGGCCAAAACGAGGACGGCGCAGCCCGCCCCGCUCGGUCAGCUUCCCAGAGAGGGAGAAAAAAUGGCGGCCUCGUUCAAGUGGGUACUCCAGCUUCACAGGGACGUCCCUAGAGCCGCUCGCUUCUAUUCGCAAGGCCUCGAUUUCACCGUCAGCGUCUGCACUCUCCGGUGGGCCGAGCUCGAGGCGGGCCCUCUCAAGCUCGCCUUGAUGCAGGCGUCGAGUGAUCAUGUCAUGGAGAAGGGAUACUCAUCGCUCUUGUCGUUCACAGUCGCUGACAUCAACAAUACAGUGACAAAGCUAAUGGCAUUAGGAGCUGAGCUUGAUGGUCCCAUCAAAUAUGAGAUCCAUGGGAAGGUUGCUGCUAUGCGGUGCUUAGAUGGUCACAUGGUAGGCCUUCAUGAACCUGCAUAAGAGUUCCAGAGUUGAAUAUUUCUGAUUGAUUAACCGUUUGAGCAACAGGACUCCACAGCUGCUCUCCUAGCCCAUUCAGUUUCUCUGAAGACAUUGGAUGCCGAAGUCUUGUUCUUUUAUUCUUUUCUGUCCCGUAAUGCUCACUUUCUGUUAAUUCAUAUUUAAGACUCUGCCACCCAAAGUCAUUGAGUGAAGUAGUUGCAACACACGGCGGUGAGCCUGAUAGCAAUCAAGUGGUGUUUAUACUGAGCUUUAGUUAACUUCUCAGCUAGAUGAUGGUGAUAUUGAAAAGCCAUUUAUCUAGAGAGAGAAUGAACUACUCUCAUUUAAGUUGAAUGAUUACUGUCUUUUUUCUACAUGCUGAUUUCAAACUCUGGUCUUCAAGGCGGGCAUGGAUAUCAUGAAUGAUGAUUCUUAAUGCACUA